CCUGUAUCGAGAGGUCAUGCUGGAAAACGCAAGGAACGUGGCCUCCCUAAGUGACGGAUGGGAUAUGGAGGAAUCUAGCCAAGAGGCAGCAGCACUUUUGCCAAAAGGCAGGAAGAAAGUUGUAGAAAGGUUGUUGGGAAACCAAAGGCCUGAGGAAAACCAGUUAAAAGGGGGGCUGGGGAAGUGCUCUACUUUUCAGUGUGCAGAUAUCAGUAUCUUCUGGGCCAAAGACGAUCACCAAGAAAAAGGAGUGUGUCCAGGGUCCGGAAAAAUGCUCAGAGAUGAAUGGGGAUUAUGCGGCUGUUGCAGAAUCCACUAUAUAGAGAAACAAAAUGAAAGUGGGAAAUGCUCCAGAAGGACCUUUCCUCUUACUUUACAUCAGAGAAUACAAGAUGGAGAAAAACCACAUGAAUGCUUGGAAUGUGGAAAGUGCUUCAGUUAUCAAUGUCAGUAUAUUACACAUAACAGAAUCCAUACUGGAGAGAAACCGUAUAAAUGCAUGGUGUGUGGAAAAUGCUUCACUAAGUCAGGUUCCCUCACUUACCAUAAAAGGAUCCACACCGGUGAGAAACCAUAUGAAUGCACUGAGUGUGGAAAACGCUUCACUGAGUCACGUUCUCUCACCUCCCAUAAAAGGAUCCAUACUGGGGAAAAACCAUAUAAAUGCCAGGAGUGUGGAAAGAGCUUCACUGUAUCACGUUACCUCACUUCCCAUAAAAGGAUCCACACCGGUGAAAAACCAUAUGAAUGCACUGAGUGUGGAAAACGCUUCACUGAGUCACGUUCUCUCACCUCCCAUAAAAGGAUCCAUACUGGGGAAAAACCAUAUAAAUGCCAGGAGUGUGGAAAGAGCUUCAGUCAAAAACAUCAUUAUAUUGUACAUAACAGAAUCCACACUGGGGAGAAACCAUAUGAAUGCCAGGAGUGUGGAAAGAGCUUCACUGUAUCACGUUACCUCACUUCCCAUAAAAGGAUCCACACCGGUGAAAAACCAUAUGAAUGCACUGAGUGUGGAAAACGCUUCACUGAGUCACGUUCUCUCACCUCCCAUAAAAGGAUCCAUACUGGGGAAAAACCAUAUAAAUGCCAGGAGUGUGGAAAGAGCUUCACUGUAUCACGUUACCUCACUUCCCAUAAAAGGAUCCACACAGGGGAAAAACCAUAUGAAUGCAAGGAAUGUGGAAAGUGCUUCAGUUAUCAAUGUCAGUAUAUUACACAUAACAGAAUCCAUACUGGAGAGAAACCGUAUAAAUGCAUGGUGUGUGGAAAAUGCUUCACUAAGUCAGAUUCCCUCACUUCUCAUAAAAGGAUCCACACCAGUGAGAAACCGUAUGAAUGCACUGAGUGUGGAAAAUGCUUCACUGAGUCACGGUACCUCACCUCCCAUAAAAGGAUCCAUACUGGGGAAAAACCAUAUAAAUGCCAGGA